AUGGCGUGCAUCAAUAACUUAAAAGGAUGGGAGGAAGAAGGAUGGAAGUCUCCAUGGUAUUUCAUUCAAGGAGCAGAUCCUCAGCUUGGUUUAAUUGCAAGAUAUUUUGACCAAAAUCCAAUUCCUAAUUGGGAUAAGGAGGCUGAACUAAGUGAAAAACUGGUGGAGAAAAUCAAUUUGUUGAGUCCAAAACCAAGGUUUUUCAUAAUUUGUGGAGACAUGUGUGAUGCUGUUUCAAGUGUCGAAAAGGCGUUUUGUGGACAUUACCACAACAAUGCUGGAGGUAUGUAUAAGACCAUGGAAGUUGUGGUUACAUCAGCGAUUGGAGCUCAAUUAGGAGAUGCCAAACCAGGUGUCAGAAUUGUGAAAGUUUAUGAAGACAAGAUAGAACAUACCUAUUAUGGAAUUGAUGAUAUUCCCGCAACUGUAGAACUUUGA